AUGUCCUGCCCUGACUGUUUCCGUGGCUCCGUUCACGCGCACACCGAAGCAACGGGCACAAUCGAAACCGUCCACGGCAUCCGCACCUACAUCGCGGGUGGUAGUGACCCGUCGCGCUCGAAAUCCGCCAUCUUAUAUCUCCCCGACGGCUUCUCCUUGAAACUAGUCAACAACAAGAUCCUCGCCGACAAAUAUGCGUCCAUGACCGGCUGCCGCGUUUUGAUCCCUGACGUCGUUUACCGCGGCGGCAUGGUCCCCGAAAUGCUGGACAAGAUGGAGUACAUCAUGGAUCCACUCCCGAAAUGGACCGUUGGCGGCGUCUUCGGCAAAUUCUUCACCACACUGAGUAUCCUUCCCACCUUGAUCCCGUUCCUGCUAUUCGGCCAUCCGGAUAAAGUCUACGACAAAAUCCUCGCGUAUGCCCGCGCGAUGAAGGCCGAGUUGCCCGAAGGCGGCAAAUUGGGGGUUGCCGGAUUCUGCUGGGGGGGGUGGCCGAGCUCGAAACUGUGUGCCGAGACCGCUACCCCCGGCGGGAGUGAGCGUUUGAUCGACGCUCAAUUCAACGGGCAUCCCAGCUAUAUCGUCAAGACGCCCGAAAUGGUCGUCGAAGCGAUCAAGAAGUUCAAGGUCCCGUACUGCAGUGCCGUGGCCGCGGAUGAUCGCCAGUUCAAUGAGAAGGUGGCGGCGGAUAUGGAGGCCAAAGUCAAGCAGGAGGCCGGCGAAAGUGGAGAGGGCGGAUGUAUUUAUGAAUUCCGCAUUUAUAAGGGCUGCAAACAUGGCUUUUGUGUUAGAGCCAAAUCAAACACUGAGAAUAUGGACGGUUACAAUGCCGCCGUGAAGCAGGCGGCGGAAUGGUUCAAUAAAUAUUUGAAUUGA